UGUGUCAUCAUGCAUAGACGGCUGCUUUCUGUGACUCUGUGUUAAAGUGUGUCCUGACACACUCGGCUACCGUUGUCCCUCUCAUCGCGCGUGUGUGUGUCCGUCCACGCCUGCCAUACGGGCAUCUUGUCUAGCAACAUGUUCCGUCGAACCAAAAGUUGCCGUACAAGUAACAGGAAGAGUCUGAUCCUGACCAGCACAUCUCCCACUCUGCCCCGCCCACACUCUCCUCUUCCUGGACACAUAGGAAGUAGCCCAUUGGACAGUCCCAGGACAUUUUCCCCCAGCGCCCCAGCCCAUUUCUCUUUUGCAUCGUCCAGAAGGGCUGAUGGCAGGCGCUGGUCUCUUGCCUCUCUGCCCUCCUCUGGAUAUGGCACCAACACACCCAGCUCAACGUCUUCCAGUUCGUCUCAAGAGCGGCUGCAUCAGUUGCCAUUUCAGCCCACACUGGACGAGCUGCAUUUUCUAUCCAAACACUUCGGCAGCACUGAGAGCAUCACUGAUGAUGAUGGCAGGAGAUCACCACAUGUGCGGCCACGCUCUCGGAGUCUUAGUCCAGGGCGCUCACCCUCCUGCUGUGACAAUGAGAUUGUUAUGAUGAACCAUGUUUAUAAGGAGCGCUUCCCUAAGGCCACAGCUCAGAUGGAGGAGCGUUUGGCAGACUUUAUCGAAUCAUACUCACCUGAGAACGUGUUGCCGCUGGCCGAUGGGGUCCUCAGCUUCAUCCACCAUCAGAUCGCCGAGCUUUCCCGAAACUGCCUGACUAAAUCUCGUGAAGGCCUCAUCACCACCGUAUACUUCUAUGAACUCCAGGAAAACCUUGAGAAACUACUGAAUGAUGCGUAUGAGCGAUCAGAGAGUUCAGAGCUCACCUUCAUCACAGAGCUGGUGAAGAAACUCUUCAUAAUCAUCUCUCGCCCUGCCCGCCUGCUCGAAUGCCUGGAGUUUAACCCUGAAGAAUUCUACCAUCUACUGGAGGCAGCAGAAGACCAUGCUAAAGAGGGCCAUCUGAUUAAAACGGACAUCCCACGAUACAUCAUCAGCCAGCUCGGUCUGACCAGAGACCCUCUGGAAGAUAUGGUGAAUUUGGAGAAUUAUGACAGCGAGGGACCGCACACUCCAGAGACAGAUGACUCAGCAGAAGGAAAACUCAAAGCCAUGAAACCACCCUGUGAAUCAGACUUCCAGACUAUCAAACUCAUCAGCAAUGGAGCGUAUGGAGCUGUGUAUUUGGUUAGACACAGAGAGACACGGCAGCGCUUCGCUAUUAAGAAGAUCAACAAACAAAACCUGAUCCUGAGGAACCAGAUCCAGCAGGCAUUUGUGGAGCGGGACAUUCUGACCUUCGCUGAAAACCCAUUCGUAGUCAGCAUGUUCUGCUCAUUCGAGACUCGUCGACACCUGUGUAUGGUCAUGGAGUACGUAGAGGGGGGCGACUGUGCGACUCUGCUGAAGAACAUUGGAGCGCUGCCUGUGGAGAUGGCUCGCAUGUAUUUUGCCGAGACAGUUUUGGCUCUGGAGUACAUUCAUAAUUAUGGCAUCGUACACCGAGACCUAAAACCAGAUAACCUGUUGAUCACAUCGAUGGGUCACAUUAAACUGACUGAUUUCGGCCUGUCAAAGAUGGGACUCAUGAAUCUCACCACUAACUUGUAUGAGGGACACAUCGAGAAGGACACCAGAGAGUUCCUGGACAAACAGGUGUGCGGCACACCGGAGUAUAUUGCUCCAGAAGUGAUUCUCAGGCAGGGUUAUGGGAAACCAGUGGACUGGUGGGCCAUGGGCAUCAUCCUCUACGAGUUCCUGGUGGGGUGUGUGCCAUUCUUUGGAGACACACCCGAAGAGCUUUUCGGCCAGGUGAUCACAGAUGAUAUUGAAUGGCCGGACGGGGAUGAGGCAUUGCCUAGUGACUCUCAGAGCCUGAUUUCAGCCUUGCUGCAGACCAACCCAGUUGUGCGACUGGGUACAGGUGGAGUGUUUGAAGUGAAGCAGCAUUUGUUUUUCUCGGGAUUGGACUGGAACGGUUUACUCCGUCAUAAAGCCGAGUUCAUCCCUCAUCUGGAGUCGGAAGAGGACACCAGCUACUUCGACACUCGGUCUGAGCGCUAUCGGCACAUCAACUCAUACGAUGAGGAUGACACGAACGAUGAUGAGCCGGUGGAGAUAAGACAGUUCUCGUCGUGCUCACCACGCUUUAGCAAGGUGUACAGCAGUAUGGAACAUCUGUCCCAACUGGAGCAGAAGACCCCUGUAGUCACCCGACGAGAGCACAAAGGUCGCCGUGAUGACAAGAUGGCCAAGAGAGAGAGUCUGGGGAGCUUCAGUAUGAGGGAUAAGAGCUGGAGAACAGGAUCACCUGAGAUGAAGCGUCUGUCGUGUUCGGAAUCUCUGUAUGUGGAGGGAGACUGCAGUCCCCCAAUGGGCGCCCGACGUCGGUUCUCAGCACUGAUGGACACACACCGGUUUGCCCCUCCUCAAGUGGAUGAUGGAGAGCUUGUCGCACGACAGAUUGGCGCUAAAGCCCCCGGAUCAUCAGUAGAGGGAGUCGCUGCUCCAUCCUCACCCAGUGCUAAUGAACAGAGAAACGCUGGGAAGGAAGUAAUAAGUGCCUGUAAAGGGCCAGAUAAGCCAUCCAGACCAGGUGAGAUAACAGCACCACAAGCCAUACCUGCUGCAGUCUCCAGGGAUAUGGUUGCUGCAGGUGACCCCGUCAGUCAGCGAGCGACCAAGGAUCUGGUGCUGCGGCGAGCUCGUCAUCAACAACUGUCCAGCGACGGGGAGAAACGCACCUCGAGGCCUGGCAACAAGGUCAUCAAAUCUGCAUCUACCACUGCGCUGUCUGUCAUCAUACCUGGAGUUGAGCAGCUCAGUAGCUCUCCGCUGGCCAGUCCCAUGUCCCCUAGUUCUCUCUCGUCCAACCCCUCAUCGCGAGACUCCUCCCCCAGCCGUGACUACUGCCCCACAGUCACGAUUCCCCGGUCACCAAUCACCAUCCACCGCUCUGGCAAGAAGUACGGCUUCACCCUGCGAGCCAUUCGAGUGUACAUGGGAGAUACCAACAUCUAUAGUGUACAUCACAUCGUCUGGCAUGUGGAGGAUGGAGGCCCCGCCCAGGAGGCGGGACUGUGUGCUGGUGACCUCAUCACUCACGUCAAUGGAGAAUCUGUGCAUGGAUUGGUCCAUACUGAGGUUGUAGAGCUCAUUCUUAAGAGUGGAAACAAGGUGACCGUGACCACCACGCCCUUUGAGAACACAUCCAUUAAAGUGGGACCAGCACGCAAGUCCACCUACAAGUCCAAGAUGGCCAGACUCAGUAAGAGGACAGUCAAAGAGGGACAGGAGAGUAAGAGACGUGGCUCUUUGUUCCGCAAAUUAACUAAGCAGUCCAACCUGUUGCAUACGAGUCGUAGUCUGUCGUCUCUGAACAGAUCCCUGUCGUCCAGUGAAAGUCUCCCUGGUUCUCCUACACACAGUCUGUCUGCUCACUCCCCCACACAGAGCUAUCGCUCAAGCCCCGACUCAUCCCACCUUGGUGCCUCCUCUCAGGGCAGCUCUCCAGCCUCAAGUACCCCAAACUCCCCUGCAACAACCCAGCACAUGCGGCCCAGCUCCCUGCAUGGACUCUCCCCCAAACUACACCGCCAAUAUCGGUCAGCCCGCUGCAAGUCUGCCGGCAACAUCCCUCUUUCUCCGCUUGCUCAUACACCAUCACCCACUCAGUCUUCUCCACCUCCUUUGCCCGGGCACACAGUCGGGAGUUCCAAUACCACCCAAACCUUCCCAGCCAAACUUCACUCAUCCCCACCGAUCAUUCGGCCCAGACCCAAGAGUGCUGAGCCACCCAGGUCACCACUUCUCAAAAGAGUGCAGUCAGCAGAGAAACUUGGGUCACCUCUUUCAGCAUCAUCUGAGAAGAAAGGUAUUGGGGUGAUGAGGAAGCAUAGCUUGGAGGUUGGACAUUCGGAUUAUCGUAAGGAUGGGUUCCACUGCGAGCUAGGCCUGCAGAGUCUGAUGGAAAUUGAAGGCGAGAAUCUGGCAUCUGCCCCGGCAACUUCUCCAUCACCACCUGAAACGGGCAUGUUUAAGCCAGUGAGGAAGUUGGGCAGACAGGAGUCCCCUUUGAGUCGAGAUGUUUUGCUUGCUGGGAGAGAAAAGGAACGAGACAAGGAGAGGACUGGUGAACCAAGCCAAGUUAGUGAUCCUAAACUUGGGUUGGUCAAAGAGAAGAUUCCCUCUGGUGGAAAUAGUCCACCUGGAAUUGAUGAAGUAGGGAAAUCUCCAAGUGCAGAAAUUUCUUACACUCUACAAGAAGGUUGCCUGGUCAAACACCAGACUGGGCUGCCUCCGUUCAUCAAAUCUUCUCCAGUAGCAACAGAAUCCAAACCUAGUGUAGAUUCCACUGUUCCAUCACCUCUGACCACAGUGUCUUCUGCCAAAACUACUGAUCCCAGGAUCAUCAAGAAAACAGGCAAUGAUGAACAAGGAAGUCUUUCAAAGAUUCCAAGUAAGACGACCCAAAGCCAACAAGUAGGAACCAAUACACCUUCAACCUUUGUGAGUACGUUAAGUGUCAUUAUCAAAGACUCUUUGGAAAAAGAAUUGGGAAUGGAUGCUGGCAAGAAAGAAGUAAAACAAGAAGUUGGGAAGACAUCAACCUCACUCAAGAAAACUACACCAUGUUCUGCCUCUGGAAAGACAACAGGCAAUGAGGUAACCAAAGCAAGUAAAGCACCUUUUGAUAGUGAGAGUCUUAAAAAGGGUGUAUUAGAUCAUCAUUCCAGAACUUCAGACGUAAGGGUGAGAACUGCCUUAUCUCCAGCCAAAGGGGUUUUACCAUCUCAUCCACCCCAGGUGCAGUGCUCUGCUUUGGGCAAACUGAGGCAGGAAAAGGGUCUCGCUCCGGUCAGCUGCUACCGUGGAACGUUUGAUUGGGAGGACAAAUGUCUCUUGGAGGUUGUUGAGGAGCAUUCUCCAUCUCCUACACCUUCUCCAACCGGAUUGUCUCCAGAUAUUGCCAAAUCUCAACCUCAGUUUCCUGGUGAAAGAUGUGGAUGGCUCACUCAGUUGACCAGCCCUGGGAAAUCCAUAGGCCCGAUUAAGGUUGGAACGCAGGAGGGGUCCAUGGCCAAAGAUACCACCGUUUCAUUGGAGAUGACACAAGCAUGUGCACCAGGAAAAACUGAGGCCGCUUCUGGGUGUCGGCUGAGCUCCAAAGGGCUCGAUCAAAGCCCUGCUUGCACCUCUCUGCAUGUGAAGACUGCCAGCACUCCUAAGAAUGGCUCUUGAUCUCAUAGUAGUCUUGGAAAUAAAUGCCUUUAUUGAGUGGUUUAGCCAAAUUCAGUAUUUUCAAGCACUUAGACAUUUAGGAACAUUCCAGCCAGUGAAGACAAGUAUGUUGAACAAAAGAAAAUGACUACAAGGCUGUUAUUUACUGUACAUUCAGAGCUGGAAAUGAUGACCUAUGUAUUGUAUGUGAAUGUGUGUUGGGUGUUUGUAUACUGUAUAAGAGAGUGAAUGUGUGCAUGUUUUGUGGUGCCUGUGCAUCAAGGUAUAAAGGCAGGGUCAAUGUGCUUUAACAGAUCAAAUGAUGCUGAAUACUGUGAACACCAAAACAAUUUCCCUCCAUUUUCUAAGGUGACAAACACACUAUUUCCUUCAACAAUCAAACAGAAAUAUUAAAAUACACCGAAUACCUCUGCAAGGCGCUGGGUAUUUCGAUAGAAAUAUGACUAUUAAUGGAUGAGAUCAUUAAAGAAAAUUCAUAAGGAUUUAAGUGAUACAUAUCUGAACGAUUUUAGAUUACAUCCUACAUGAGUAUUGGAUUAUAAACAUUGCAGAAAUUGUUUGAACAGCACAUUUAUGGUGGUUUUAGGGGUCUGUAUAGUGAAAAUAUAUACACUAUUUAUUCAAGCAUCAGUAAAUGUCAAUGCCGUUACGGCAAUUUGGGCUCACUAUAGCCUGCAGUCUGUUGGCCUUACUCUGUUAUCUGAUUAUAGUUCACUAACAAGCAAAGAAAAUAUCUGUAAACAAUUGUUUUUAAGCAAUUUCCACACUGUCUGUUUUCAUAUAACUGAAUCAUAUGGAACUGUUUGAGCAAAAUGUGACUUUUUAGGCCUAACAUACAAUAAUCUCAGAAUGGCCAAGUACAGGUAAAUUAAUCGGCCUGGCCAAUAUCGGUCUAUCACUACUGUACAAGAUCAGACAUUUUUUCAGACCUCGACUAAUGCAAAGAAAACAAGUUCAUUUUCAUUUUUAAACAACACAAUAAUAAUGUUUUAACUUAUGCAUGUUGGAAUGCUCUCUACCAGGCUUUCACAUUGCUGUUGGGUGACUUUAUGCCAAUCCUGGCACAAAAAUUCAAGCAUCUCAGCUUUGGCUUGUGGCCAUCCAUCU